AAGGCCGCUGCACACCACUCCCUCCUCGGUACUCCCGCCCCGACCAAGUCACGGUGGCGCGGCUAUUGGGAACUCAUGCGCCUACACAAACCUAUUAUGGGCAACACGUUGAUGUUCUGGCCGUGUGCAUGGGGUCUUACUAUGGCCGGCUACGCUAUCGGCACACCGAUACAUGACCUUGCUGUACAACUAUUUGCGUUUGGCAUUAGCAGCACGCUGCUGCACAGUGCUGCUUGUGUGCUCAAUGACAUUUGCGACAUAGACUUUGACAGACAAGUCGAACGCACAAGAACACGACCUCUGCCCUCUGGCGUGGUUACCGCCCUCGAAGCAUGGAUCCUCCUCCUUGUCCUCAUGGUUCCUACAAUUGCCAUGCUCUUCCUAACAAACCAAACUGCUGCUCUCUUCGCUCUCAUGGGUAUCUUCCCCUUUCAUGCACUUUACCCUCUUAUGAAGCGCUGGACAUACUGGCCUCAGGCUUGGCUAGGGUUCGCAAUGAACUGGGGGUACCCCGUUGCCUGGUUCGCCGUCACAGAUAACGUCCCAGUGCACGUCGUCUGUGCGUUCUUCUUCGGCACCGUCUGCUGGACGAUCGUUUACGACACCAUAUACGCUUGCCAGGACCGCGAGGACGACGUGCACGCAGGCGUCAAGUCGACCGCGCUCCUCUUCGGCGCGUACGUGCGCCCGAUCCUCAUCGGCUUCACGCUCGCCUUCCUCGCGCUCCUCCUCGCCGCCGGGCACGCGAACCACCAGGGCGUGCCCUACUUUGUCCUCUCCUGCGGCGGCGCCGCGCUGCACUUUGCCUGGCAGUUCGCGACGUGGACACCCGACGUGCCGGCCGACGGCGGGCGCAAGUUCAACGCGAACGGCCUCACAGGGCUCAUCAUCUGGUCCGGCAUGCUCCUCGACUACUGGCUGAUGCAGUCCGCCGCAGCUUGAACCCUUUUCGACGCGUUUUCCCCGCCUACUUAUCCCUAUUAUCGCACUAGUUCCACCCUUCAUAUCCGUCAACAUCUGACUCGCAUCCACUCGCUCCAUUGCCCCGCACUCACGUUGACACCUGCUAUUUCCCUCCCUAAUUGCUAUCUGCCUCUCUAGCUUCCCGGAGUGAUAUGGAAUCCCGCCUGUCCUGCCCUUAAAAUGUACACAAUAGCCCUUACGAUAUCCUCAGCCUCUGACGCACAUAUAGCUUAGACACUUAUCGCUCGCUAUGAACGUAUUUAAUACC